UUACUCUCCCCUUGGCCGCGGCGAGGCAUCCAGUAAUUCCCGUCCUCCAUUUAGAUUAGCAGACUCCGGAGUUGUCACUUGUCCGCUCUAAAACGGAGGGAACAAAAUAAAAUAAAAUAAAAACCGCCAUGGCACCGAGAACUUGAAUCCCAUUUAAAACAAGAAGAUUUUCAUUUUUCUCCCUCCAAAUUAUAAUGCAUUCAAGGCUUGGGUUUAUCUUAGCAUCAUGCUCCAAAAGAAGAAUUAGGCUUAAUACUUCUUCAUCAACACCAUCAUUUCCACUCUUCUCUACUCUCUCAUUAUCCUUGCCGUUAGUAUUACCGCCGGCGGCUGCUGGGGAGCGGUUAAUUAGAAGAGUUUUAAGUAUUUCUCUGUCCAAUUUAUUGUGCAAUUCGGCCACUCUUGCCAGUGGGUCCCUAGGCCGGAGCUAUUCUAGUUACGCCGUUGAACAGUUCUCUGAUGACGAGUACGAAUGCGAUUACGACAACCAGCCGGCAUCUUCGUCAGUGGCCAACAUUGAUGAAUGGAAGUGGAAACUUAGUAUGCUGUUGAGGAAUGAAAAGGAUCAAGAAAUUGUGUCCAGAGAUAAAAGGGACAGGAGAGACUUUGAGCAAAUAUCGAAUUUGGCUAAACGCGUGGGACUUUACUGCGAAAUAUAUGGCAAAGUUGUAGUUGCAAGCAAGGUGCCUCUCCCUAACUACAGGCCAGAUCUAGAUGAUAAGCGACCUCAGAGGGAGGUCGUUAUCCCAUUGAGUUUACAGAGGAGAGUUGAGGGUCUGCUUCAGGAACAUUUGGACCGAUUGCAGCUAAGUUGUGUUAAAAGCGAUGAAGCUUCAGGCGAAAGAAAAUCCAUGGAUCAGGUUGAAGAUGUGAAUAAUGAAGAAAAUCCUGACUCCCUCCUUGAUGGAUCUGUCAUGGAGAAGGUUCUCCAGAGACGGAGCUUGCGGAUGCGUAACAUGCAGAGGGCUUGGCAGGAAUCACAUGAAGGAAGAAAGAUGCUGGAUUUUCGGAAAUCUCUCCCUGCAUUCAGGGAGAAGGAAAGGCUGCUUCAAUCUAUUGCAAAUAAUCAGGUGGUUGUGAUAUCUGGGGAGACUGGGUGUGGUAAGACCACCCAACUUCCUCAGUACAUAUUAGAGUCAGAAAUAGAAUCUGGUCGUGGAGCAUUUUGUAGCAUAAUUUGCACACAGCCACGUAGAAUAUCUGCUAUGGCUGUUGCAGAAAGAGUAUCUACAGAAAGAGGAGAGCCUCUUGGUGAAUCAGUUGGUUUUAAAGUGAGGCUAGAGGGAAUGAAGGGAAAAAACACACAACUUCUCUUUUGCACAAGUGGUAUUUUACUCCGUCGGCUAUUGAGUGACCACAACCUGAAUGGUAUUACUCAUGUCUUCGUGGAUGAAAUUCAUGAGCGUGGCAUGAAUGAAGACUUCCUGUUGAUUGUAUUGAAGGAUCUUCUUGUGCAACGUCGAGAUUUAAGGUUGAUUUUGAUGAGUGCUACUCUAAAUGCUGAUCUGUUCUCCAGUUAUUUUGGAGGAGCACCUAUAAUUCACAUCCCGGGAUUCACGUAUCCUGUGAGAACUCACUUUCUGGAAGAUGUACUGGAAAUGACUGGAUAUAAGCUGACUUCAUUCAACCAAAUUGAUGAUUAUGGCCAAGAGAAGGUAUGGAAAACACAAAAGCAGCUAGCUCCACGAAAGAAGAAGAAUCAGAUAACAUCUCUUGUUGAGGACGCUCUGAAUAACUCAAACUUUGAGAAUUAUAGUGCCAGAGCACGUGAUUCACUCUCAUGUUGGACACCUGAUUGUACUGGGUUCAAUCUUAUAGAGGCUGUUUUAUGCCAUAUAUGUCGGAAGGAACGACCUGGUGCUGUGCUGGUAUUUAUGACUGGUUGGGAGGAUAUUAGUUGCUUGAGGGAUCAAAUUAAAGCUCAUCCACUGUUAGGUGACCCUAACAGGGUGCUUCUACUUACAUGUCAUGGUUCAAUGGCAACCUCUGAACAGAAACUCAUAUUUGAGAAGCCACCUCCAAAUGUUCGUAAAAUUGUACUUGCUACUAAUAUGGCUGAGGCUAGUAUUACAAUCAAUGACAUAGUUUUUGUGGUUGAUUGCGGAAAAGCAAAGGAGACUACCUAUGACGCACUGAAUAACACUCCUUGUUUACUGCCUUCGUGGAUAUCCCAGGCUUCUGCUCGGCAAAGAAGGGGUAGAGCUGGUCGUGUGCAGCCGGGUGAGUGCUACCAUCUGUACCCACGUUUGCAAGUUCGAAGUAUAGGAGAAUUUCUUUCAUCUGCCCUUCAGCCUCCUAAACCUUUGGCGGUGCAAAAUGCUGUUGGGUUUUUAAAGAUGAUUGGUGCAUUAGAUGAAAGUGAAAAUCUUACAAAUCUUGGGGAGUUUUUAUCGGUGCUUCCUGUGGAUCCAAAGCUUGGGAAGAUGCUGAUUAUGGGUGCUGUUUUUCGUUGUUUUGAUCCAGUUUUGACAAUUGUGGCUGGCCUUAGUGUCAGGGAUCCUUUCCUUUUGCCUCAAGACAAAAAGGAUUUGGCAGGGACAGCUAAGUCAAGAUUCUCCGUUAAAGACUAUAGCGACCAUAUGGCUCUUGUCCGUGCAUAUGAAGGAUGGAAGGAUGCGGAGAGAGAAGGAUCUGCAUAUGAGUACUGUUGGAGGAACUUCCUCUCUGUCCAGACUCUUCAAGCCAUCCAUUCUCUUCGGAAGCAGUUCAGCUUUAUUUUGAAAGACGCUGGAUUGUUGGAUGCGGAUGCAGCAACAAACAAUAAAUUAAGUCAUAAUCAAUCAUUGGUCCGGGCAGUUAUAUGCUCUGGCUUGUUUCCUGGAGUUGCAUCUGUAGUGCACAGGGAGACGUCAAUGUCUUUCAAGACAAUGGAUGAUGGUCAGGUCUUACUAUAUGCGAAUUCUGUGAAUGCCCGCUAUCAAACAAUACCGUAUCCAUGGUUGGUUUUUGGUGAAAAAGUGAAGGUGAAUACUGUUUUCUUACGUGAUUCCACUGGAGUAUCUGAUUCAAUCUUGAUCCUUUUUGGUGGUGCCCUCAACUGUGGAACUCUGGCUGGACAAUUGAAGAUGUUAGAAGGAUAUAUUGAGUUUUUUAUGGAUCCUAGCUUGGCCGAGUGCUACCUGAAGCUGAAGGAGGAGAUGGAAAACCUUAUGCGGAAGAAGUUUCAAGAUCCUAGUCUUGAUAUCCAUAAAGAGGGGAAAUACCUCAUGCUUGCUGUACAAGAAUUGGUGUCGGGAGAUCAGUCUGAGGGGAGAUUUGUUUUUGGUCGUGAAAGCAAGCGGGUGAAAGAGUCCACUGACAAUGACAGAUUUACAAGAGAUGGGAUGAACCCCAAGAGUCUGCUACAAACUCUGUUGAUGAGGGCUGGUCACUCUCCUCCUAAAUAUAAAAUCAAGCACCUCAAGACAAAUGAAUUUAGGGCAUUGGUAGAGUUCAAGGGAAUGCAGUUUGUGGGUAAACCAAAGAGAAGCAAAGCACUUGCAGAGAGGGAUGCCGCUGUUGAGGCAUUGGCUUGGUUGACACACACCGACAAAAAGCAUGAUGAAGAUGACAAGUCUCAGCCUGACGUCACUGACAACAUGCUAAAACUUCUUGGCAAAAGGAGGAGGUCCAAAAGACGUUGAAUUUGGUGCGGUUUUGAUGUCUUUUAACUGCUAUGCUGCUGUAGAGUGAUAACUGCAUAGCCUCAGCAUGCUGAGGAUAGCACAACAAAACCUGUUGAAAUUUUGUCAAAAGUGCGAGUGGCCAUUGGAAGAAUGAACAUUCAAAUCCCUUUGGCUGCUGCUUCCGCGCUAUCAAGUGAAGGGUUGAUUGAAGCGCUUUAUGUUGCUUGCACUAUUCAUUGGUACUUGGGAUACUAUUGGAUAGUGAAUAUAAUGGCUUCAACAGGUACAAGGUAGGAAAAUUCUGCUGUCCUAUAGUGAUUAAAUGGUUCCGCAUCCAUGAGAGGGGCAUUGUUGUACAUAGGCCAAGUUCAUUUUGUUAGCUUGUAAUAGAGUGGCUGUAUAUUUACGGCUCGAAAGGCAAAUUUGAGGGCAGAUGCAGGGAAAGCUUUUAGGUAUUUCUAUAGCUAGGCUGCAUUUUAAGUAAAGAAUACUAUGAUUGAAAUUUUAUGCAAAUAAUAACUAGCAGUUUAAUUCCACAA